AUGGCCGCCCAGACCGUCGCCUACAGCUCCCUGGCCCGCGCUGCGCUGCCCUGCAGCGCCAGCCGGGUGGCCCGCAAGAGCUUCAUCGGCGCCCCUCUGGCGCAGCAGCAGCUGGCUGUGCGCGCCCAGCGGAAGUUCGUGGUGAAGGCCUCAUCCAGCACCGAGGGCAGCCAGGUGGAUGUGGACGCACUGGUGAAGGACCUGCAGGAGAAGUGGGACAAGGUGGAGAACAAGACCUCGGUGAUCGUGUACGGCGCCGGCGGCAUUGUCGUGCUGUGGCUGGCGUCCACUGUCGUGGGUGCCCUCAACAGCAUCCCCCUGCUGCCCAAGGCUUUUGAGCUGGUUGGCCUGGGCUACAGCGCCUGGUUCACCUACCGCUACCUGCUGUUCAAGAGCAGCCGCGAGGAGCUGGUUGAGGACAUCGAGUCGCUGAAGAAGAAGAUCAGCGGCGAGCAGUAA